UUAUCGACCCGUUCCUCCUCAAUCAUCACUCCCUCGCUUUUGGGUUCUUCAACUGGGCGUCUCAACAACCGGGGUUCUCCCAUACUUCCGCCACUUAUCAAUCCGUUAUCAAGUCCCUCUCCGUUUCCCGCCAAUUCAACUCCAUUGAUAAGCUGUUAAAACAAGUAAGGGUGCAAAAGAUUAUCCUUAGUCCCUCCGUUUAUCGCUCGGUCAUUGGUUCCCUUGUCGCCGGUAGGAGAACCCAUGUGGCAUUUUCGGUAUUUUGUGAUGUUGUAUCUGUUGUUCCGGAGAUUGGACCUGAAGUUUGUAAUUUGCUUCUUGCGGUGUUGUCAUCUGAAGGGAUGAUUAAGAGUGCCCGGAAGGUGUUUGAUGAAAUGAUUAAGAAAGGUGUUCGGUUGAGUACUCUUGGUUUUGGGGUUUUUAUAUGGUGGGCUUGCAGAAAUAUGGGAUUAGGUGAGAUUUUGAUUUUGUUGGAUGACGCUAGGAAAGUUGAUUGUUUGGGAUUUGAUGGGUCGAUUAUUGCGCUUUUGGUUGUUCAUGGGUUGUGUGUGGAGUCCCGGGUGAAGGAUGCAAUAUGUGCUUUGGAAGAGUUGAGAAAAAGAGAGUGUAAGCCUGAUUUUAUGGCGUACAGAAUUGUUGCAGAGAAAUUGCGUGAGAUGGGAAACAUAGUUGAUGUAGAGAUGAUCUUGAAGAAGAAAAGGAAGUUAGGGGUGGCGCCAAGGGCUAAUGAUUAUAGGGAAUUUAUUCUUCAGUUAGUUUCAGAGAGACUGAUAUGUGAAGCAAAAGAUUUGGGUGAAGUGAUUGUAAGCGGGAAUUUUCCAAUUGAGGAUGAUGUUCUCAAUGUGUUGAUAGGAUCUGUGUCUUCUGUCGACUGUCUGCAAGCAGUUUCAUUUUUGAGGUUCAUGCUCAAGAAAGAAAGAAUGCCGACUCUGCUAACGUUAACCAACUUGAGUGAAAAUCUCUGCAAGCAUGAAAAAGGAGAAGAACUAGUUGAAGUUUUCCAACUCUUGUCGACGAAAGAGUACUUCAGCAACUUGGAGAGUUACAAUAUAAUGGUCUCCUUCCUCUGCAAGGCUGGAAGAGUUAAAGAAGGGUAUCAGGUGCUUCAAGAGAUGAAGAAGAAAGGUUUGAGCCCAGAUGUUUCGUCUUACAAUUCUCUUCUCGAAGCUUGCUGCAGGGAGGAUCUAGUGCGACCUGCAAAACGGCUAUGGGAUGAGAUGUUUGCAAGUGGUUGCUCUGGGAACUUGGAGA